GUCAGUCUAAACAUUUGCGUCAUUUAGUCGAGUCAACGAUGGCGAGUGGAACGGCCGCUAAACCACAUUACAACUUAGAAGAUGCUCCGGCACUCUUUGAAAAGUUUAUAAAGGACUACGAUAAAGUGUACACAGAUGACGAGGACAGGGCUGUCCAUUACGAGGCAUUUAAGAGGAGAUUGGAACAAAUAAACAAGGCCAAUGCGCAGAAUGCCUCAGCGACGUAUGACAUAAACAAGUUCGCAGAUUACACGGCACAAGAUAGUAAACAUCUUACUGGUGUCCUUCGUCCAAAUAAAUAACAUUGAAGAUUCGAGUAUGGGAUUACAAUUUACAAAGAACACUGUUUAGGAUCUUUGAAAGAACCAUUUUUUUACUAAUUUUAUAUAUAGAAAAUCUUUAACCGCUCCAUGGCGGGAACUUGAAUCAGCGCAAUGCGUGACGUAGAAAUCGGCGAAGAAGUUAAAAAGAAGAAAUUAUAAAUUUAAUUUUCGUAAAAAAAUUGUAACCGUACCUAAUUAGUUGUGAAUAAACAAUGAUAUAAUUUUUUA